AUGUAUACUGGAGGGAAAACCACCCUCACCAACCGCCUAAUCAAGAACUUGCCCAACUGCUGUGUGGUUCACCAGGAUGACUUUUUCAAGCCCCAAGAUCAGAUUGCGGUUGAAGAUGGCUUUAAGCAGUAUGAUGUCAUUACUGCUCUGGACAUGGACGCCAUGAUGAGCACCAUCUACGCAUGGCUGGAGAACCCGGUGAAGUUUGAGAAGUCUCACGGCGUCAGUAACACCCUGGAUAGGGAGAUUCUCCCGAAGUCUGACCAUAAGGAGGAGACUCACAUCCUCAUUGUGGAGGGCUUCCUGCUUUACACCUACCAACCAUUGAUCGACGUGCUGAACCAGCGUUACUUUAUUUCCAUCCCGUAUGAAGAAUGCAAAAAGAGGAGGUGCUCAAGGAACUACACGGUACCAGACCCCCCCGGCCUCUUUGACGGCCACGUCUGGCCCAUGUACUUGAAACAUAAGAACAAACAUAUGUAUAAUGUUUUAUUUUAUUCUAAACAUCAAAGGACGGCUGGAUAG